CAAUGCGUUCAGUUCGUUAACGUAGCGCGAACAGAACAGAGCGUGCUAAAAGUGUACGGCUAAAUAUUUUAACGUGUCGCUGUGCGUGUUUUAGUGUGUGUGUGUGUGUGAUGCGGAAGCGUCUAAUGCAAAAAAGUGUAAUAAUUUUGGUUCAUUGAACGUAUGAAUUGUAUUGGCCCCGUCUAUAGUUAGCGCCUGUUGUAUAUGUAAAUAUUAUAUAUUGUAUAUUAUAUUUGGCUUGCAAUGACUUUGCCAACGGCUUCUACGCUCUGCAAUGUGUUUACGCUAAUGCUGGCUGGCUCGCCAAUAUUCUACAGCGCUGCGCCUAGGGGCAGCUGCUCCAGCUGCUGUGGCAUCAACGAGCGCGACGAUAUCAAAUUUCUGCUGUACACCAGCAAGAAUCGCCAGACGCCGCAGCUGCUGCAGGUGGAGAGUGCCACGCGCUUGGCGCGCAGCAAUUUCAAUUUCAAUUACCCGCUGGCUAUCUAUCUGCACGGCUUCUCCGAGUCCGCCACGGGCGCACAGCAGAGCAGUCAACAACUAAAAGAUGCCUUUCUGCGGCGUGGCAACUUUAAUGUAGUGCUCAUCGACUGGAGCGCAAUGGUGACUGUGCCUUGGUACGCCAGUGCCGUGGAGAAUUUGCCCAUCACGGCGCGUUAUUUGGCGCGCUUUGUGCGCUUUCUGCUGCGCAGCGGCUAUCCCUUGAAGCAUGUGCAUCUCAUUGGCUUCAGCCUGGGCGCCGAGGUGGCCGGUUUUGCUGGCAAGCAGCUGCAGGAGUGGGGCAUUAAGCUGAGUCGCAUUACCGCGCUGGAUCCUGCACUGCCGCUCUUCGAGGGCAACAGCUCCAAUCGACAGCUGAGCGCUAGUGAUGCCAGAUUCGUGGAUGUUAUACAUACAGAUGGCGGCAUACUGGGUAAUCCCACGGCCAUGGGUCAUGCGGACUUCUAUCCCAAUGGCGGCAGACCACUGCAGCCGGGCUGUGUGCGUCAGGAGUUUGCCAACAAUCGCUGGCUGGGCGUUUUAAUUGGCUGCAGUCAUCAGCGCGCUUGGGAAUAUUUUGUGGAGAGCAUACGACAGCCAUUGGCAUUUCCGAGUGAGCGCUGUGAGCCGUCAGAGCUGUUUGGCAUUUGUCGUGACGGCGGCAGCAGCAAUGGCGCCUAUAUGGGCUAUGGCGCUGAUCCGAGACUGCGCGGCAAGUUCUAUCUGGAGACCAACGAUGCCAAGCCGUUUGGUCGCUAUAUAUCAACGUCCAUGCCACAGCUGCCUAUAUUUCAAAAAACGCCAGCAGCGAAUGCUACUCGAGAGCGAGAGGACAACAAUGCGCUAAGCAACAAUAUCGACAACAUCGCAUUGACGUGAUGACAUGCUCAACUCCCACACAGUCGGCCCUGCCGCCCUGAGAUUUAUGUAAGCUGCGUGAUUUUGACGCACACUCGUCCUCUGUCUGUCUGUCUGUCUGUCUCUGUGUGUGUGUUGUAAGUAGUUGUAAGUGUGUAUUUAGUUUGCGUAAGGGCAACGUUUUUCUUGUGAUCUGUCUGAUAAGUAUUGUUAGCACGUAAGCUGCGUUAUUGCUGUCUCGUACUUUUUUUUUUCAAAAUGAAUAUAAAGACUUUAAUGGCAGUG